CACGAAAUACACUCUCGGGACGCCCAGUCUGGAACCUGGCUUUGGGAUAUUGACAAUAUUAUCAACUGUAUUUGAUUAAUUUGGAAUAAAUUUGAGAUAAUAAGGAUAAUAUUACAUAUUCUUUUUUGAAAGUUAUAUGUGGAUUGAGCAUGGAUAAUUAAAAUGGUGAGGAAGAAAAAGCUGCUUGUGUUUGAUGUUUGUGGAAGCAUGAUGUGGGAUGGAUAAACAACAACACUUUGCUAUGGCCUCAAAUGACCCUGACCUUCCUGACCCUCCUGGUGACCCCCAGCCAGGUGACCUCAUUGAGAUCUUCAGACCAGCCUAUCAGCACUGGGCUCUCUACCUGGGAGAUGGUUACAUCAUCAACUUAACUCCUGUUGAUGAGAGCCAGGCCGCUGCCAUGUCCAGUGUGAAGUCCGUCUUCAGUAGAAAGGCAGUGGUGCGCAUGCAGCUGCUCAAAGAGGUGGUUGGAAGUGACUCAUAUCGGGUCAACAACAAAUAUGACCACAAUCACACUCCUCUACCUGUAUGUGAGAUCAUCGAGAGAGCGCAGGUGCUGAUUGAUCAGGAGGUCUCCUAUGACCUGCUGGGAAGUAACUGCGAGCACUUUGUUACUCUUCUGCGCUACGGGGAAGGGGUGUCUGAACAGGCUACACGGGCCAUUGGGGCCAUCAGUUUGGUGACGGCUGCAGCCAGUGCCUUCUCUGUCCUGGGACUGAUCAACACACGAUCCAGGAACAGGCCUUUCUGACCACUGGGCACUUCACCAAAGAACCCCAUAUUACUAAAUAAAUACUUGUUGUUGAAAGAA